CGAAGCGCGCCGGGCACCUCUUGGUCUAUUCCUUUCUGCCGCCGACGGUCACCUUGGCGAUUUACGACACAAAAACACUUGCAGAACCAGACUAGUCACCGCGCUCUGAGUCUGCAGUCGGCGAUCGCCGUCACUCUUCGCCGCUGAAUACUGCGUUUCAGCAGAUUAAAAGUGAACAAUGCCGUCUCUGCAAACUGCAUUGCCGCCUGAACUUGCCAACAACGUUCUUAGAGUUGAGUAUCAUCAUUUCAAUUCAUUUCCUUUUCAAUUCAUUGCGCCUUCAAAGUAUCAGAUUUCUGGGUUAUGGUUUCGUUCUGAUUACUGGCUGGGAAAAAUCGGAGCUGCGUAAUAGUGACGAUGGAAAUGGUUCUGUUGCAGCUUUACAAGGAAUGUCUUCGAAGAGCCAAGUUCGUUGGUCAUCAGCAACACAACACGGCGUUGUUGGUUGAAAUGGUGAGGCAGCAGUUUAAAAAGCACAAGCACGAGACCGACCCUGACAAAAUCCAGAAGUUGAAGGACGAUGCGGCAAGAGGACUUAUAAACCACAUGCUCUACGAAUCUGAGAAGAUGUCUGGCCGUAAGUUCAGCAAGAGCGCUUAGUCUUUUCGCAUCUUAGAAGGUUGUUGUUCCUUGGCUUUUGCUGAGCAAAGUUGCUGUCCUUUAGGUAUAGAAGAACAGAUUGAAUAAUAGGAAACGAGUUUUCUUUUCUGUAUCCUCGUUGCUUCACGUAACCUUUGCUUGAACAGUAGUGUUUUGAUGGCUUGAUCAUCUUCCACCAGUGGUUUAUGUGCUGUCUGUUUGUAGAUGUAAAGCUUAUUCUGGAAAUGGCCAAUGGAAGCCAGUUUGUUAAGAUGGAUCAAACCAUUUUGGCGAUCUCGCUAUCUUCUAUUUUGUCCCAUCGCUUACUUGUUCCCUUUGCCUUAGAAGCAAUCAAAGUAGCUGAAUUUAACCUUGCUUAGUUGGACAGAGGUGGGCAUAUUAAGGUAUGUAGAGCUCGUCCUGUUCUGCGGAAGCUUAGUAUAGUUUGCAGGCAACUGGGAUCCUUAUAAUUUGUUCCCAUUGUGAAAUGUUGGCCAUUGAGGGAGGACAAACACCAGAGCAGCUGUGGCAAGCUGCUUCUGAAAUCCUUCCCGUUCAGUUGUCUUUUCUUUAUAUGCCACUAAUCUUUCUAUCUUGGACUUUGAUUUUGCUCCAUCUGCUUCCAUUGGCUGCAAUACUCAUAAUAAGCCUGGAACCAGUAAUUCA